AUGAUUGCCAAAGAAACAAAUAGUUAUGCUGGAGAUUUCAUGGCAGACCCAAAUAAAGUGAAGAGGAAGAUUCACGAGAAGUGGUUCCCAAAAUUAACGGUGACCCCUUACUUUGGACAAUUUAUGCCCUACAGGAGAUUCAUUCUUUUGUCAACAUUUUUUCAUAUUGUCAGCAAAGAACAACAAGAGCACGAUGAGAGGGAUAAAUUCAAAAAAAUUCGCUGGGUGUAUGAGCUCUUCAAUCAUAAAUUUGCUUCCAUUUAUUAUCCUGAACAAAAAAUUGAUCUAGACGAGUCGUUGAUGGCUUUUCGAGGAUGGCUCAGUUACAUCCAAUAUAAUAAAGCUAAGAGAGCUAGAUUUGGAAUGAAGUUCUACAAGCUUUGUGAAUCUAAAUCUGGUUACUGCUCAAAAUUUAAAAUCUAUAUUGGAGCAGAGGCAAAUGCAGAUAAGGAGUUCAAAGUAUCGGAGGCCAUUGUAUUCGAGAUGAUUGAGCGGCAAGUGGGCUUAGGUCAUACCCUGACUUUGGAUAAUUGGUAUUCAUCCCCUAACCUUUACCACUCUUUUGCUGAUAAGUCAUUCAAUGUAUUAGGGACAGUCAAUAUAAAAAGGAUCAAUAUGCCUUGUGAAUUUUUUAAAAAGAGGAGACGCAGAGAUCAAAUUCAGCCAUGA